CUGUGCACCUCGUUGCUCGUUGGUUCGCCCGUCCGUCCGUUUCGUCGUCGAUCGCAGCGGUCGUAGCGCGAUUCGCUCAUACAAACGGAUACGUAUAAAAUGGCGAAGUAUAGUUGUUAUUUAUUCGCGCCGCAUAUAGCAAAGUGAGAACCGAGAGAAGCGGAUUGGGGGACUCGCGAUCCAUAGUGCGUCGUAAGCUUGACUAGUGUAUUGACGAAACAGUGUAUACAGGCGAUUGUGAGUAUCGCUGUUGUAUGUUGGUUUUUCGAAUCGAAACGGUUAUUCAAACGCGUGCACGACGAGAGAUCGUCGUCGCCUGUCGUCCCCCAUACAACGUCGUACGUGAUCUCGUGCAGGCGCGCAGACUAACCACGUGUUCUUCCGCGAUUUUCGAGCUGCCGCAUCGUUCCUCGUUACGAGAUAACGUCGAUACCGGCCUUCGGCGAUUAAUCCCCGAUUAAUCCACGCGGGGCGAGGUUAUGAGAGUCCCCUGCAGCGAAAGAUCCCGCGAUUGAUCCCUGAUCUGAUCGCGAAUAAUUGAGUCCACUUGUCGUUUCUUCUGUGAUUAGCAUUCGUUUUGCAUCCUCGAUGGAAAUUUCGAUCGAUCUUAGUGACGUCGUCGCAAGGCAAGGUUUUACCGCACAAAUUCUACAAUUCUAGCAGACAUGAUAUUGAUGGAUUGGUCUAACUCACUGUAUUAAUAACAAUUCAGUUUUGAUCUUUAUUAAAUGAGAAAAGAUCAUAAUUGCCAGCGGUUAAGUGUUGAAUAAUAUGGCACAAUAUUUUAAUGUUGUGACAAAUCCUAGUGGUACUUUUACAUUUGAGGAAGUACCACCGAGACUCUGCACUGUAGGCGGGCAACGGGUUCAGUUAGUUGUUGAAGACGUUAAUAAUAGCGGUAUUAAUGGUCCACAACAGCUUGUGACUUAUUCCGCUGCGCCACAAAACAGGCAGGCAAUAUUCUCCCCGCAAACUAUUAAUUUAGGGAAUCAAAUAGCUGCAACACGAUUGGAGCAAGGACAAAAUGUUUUUAUAAUCAAAACAAAUGAUAUUGCUACAACACAAACCAUAUUAAAAUCUAAUACUGUAAAUGCACACGUUGUUAAUGAAAAUAUUGUAAGCAUUGCAGAUAAUACAGGUACUAAAGUAGAAUGUAAAAAUGAUGCACAACAAGCACAGUGGGUAAAAAUGCAAAAUGUUGCUACAACGACAAAACAAACAUUGUUGCAAGAAAAAAAUUUAACUGCCGUUAUAACUAGAAAUAACGUACAAAAUAAUAUUACAUUAUCUCCACCUCUUUAUAUAAAUUCCGGACAAACAGAAAAAAAACUAGUUAAACCUUGUCAGAACAAAAAUCAACAGUUGUCAAAUAACAUACAGGCGGGUGCGGCAUCUCAAACUCUAGAUAGAGUAAAUGCAAGAAUUACAAUGGAAAAUCGAAUGCAAAAUUCUACUAUGGUAGGAAAUCCCAAAUCUGCGAUGUCCGUCUGCAAUAAAGCUGUUAAUUCAUUGGGACAGACUGCAACUGUAAAGCCAAUUCGUGCUUCUCCGAAUAUAUCGCAUCAACGGCCUGUAGCCGUAGUUCCUCCCGAAAUUUCCAAAACAUCGUCGAGAGUACAACCUCCGGAUAUGGAGAAUUUGAAUGAGCAAAUCAAGCAAGCCAAGAUCAAGCAUAUGCAAUUACAACAGCGACAGCAUGCUGACAAACAAAGGUGUCAACAAAAUAACGUACAACGACAACAUUCUAAUACUGCACAGCAUCCAGUUCAAUGCCCGUCGAAUAACCUUGUGCGUCGCUUGACAACCGCAAAUUCUAUACCACAAAGAACGCAGCAGGUUUCGAACUCUUUGCAAAAGCAACAAAUGCAACAAAAAUCAUCCAUGAUAACAUCACCUCCCUCUUCAGCUGAACAUAAUAUGCAUGUUAGUAGUACUAGUAUGGAAGUUGAUCCUCUGGAAUGCAUGCAGGAGAAGACACCCACAAUGCAACAGUCUUCUUCGCCACAAUCGGAAAACGAGAAUUUAAAUGAGAGUGUCGCUUAUCUUCAAAAAAUUAUUAAUGAUCCAUCAACUGCCAUAGUUCAACAUCAAAUUAAAGGAAAUGAAGCAAAAAUGUUAGUAAUAUUAGGUACUGGAGAACAGAGAUUAAUCACGUUUGAGAUACCAAAAGAAGACUGCACUGUACACGACCUAUUGGAUCAGGUACGUGCAGCAGUCUUGGGUCAGAUAAAUAUUACAUUCUCUGGUAAAACAGCAGUUUCCUUGGUAGAUGAUCCUACACUGGGUAUAAAUUACAUAGUAGAAGAAGGAUCACUUAUAUCUGAUGGCAAUGAUCAUAGUGAUUGUAAUACUAUUCAAGAAGUUGUAAGCUCCACUACAACUACUGAAAGUUUAUCACAAAAUACCAAUACAUCAGAUGAAAACAGUAAUGCAUCUCUAUCAGCUGAGGAACCUAUUUUGGUCAAAGGGAUGUUUGCUCUCUGUCCACACUGCGGCUACAGUUCACUCCACUUCAACCGAUGUGAACGAUGUAAUACAAAAUUUACUGAAGAAGUCAAGUCAAUACCUAUAGCAAAAAGGAAGGAGACUGGGAUGUCUGUCGAUAUGUUCUAUAAAAAAAACAAUGAACGAAAUGCCACAAAAAUAGAGAAAAUGGGUCAAGAUGGUCCUGUAUCCAAACGACUCAGAGGAAAGAGUAGAACUAAACCAAAGCCUAUUCAUAAAGAACCAGAAUGUUUGACAAUAUCAUCUGAUGAAGAAGAGGAGGGUAGGAUUAAAAAGAUUGAAAGCGUUAACAAUAAUGCACCAUUAAGCAAUGCAAGUAACGCUUUUAACGAUGAUAUGGACACCAUUCUGGAAAAAGAACCAGUAAUUACAAACACUUCUAUUUUUAGUUCAUAUAAUGAUUAUCUGGCGCAUAAUGAAACAAGCAGUGAAGAAAUUUGUGAUAAUCAGAGCUCCUUAGAUAAUGAACAAUUACCACAGAUUGCAAUAGAGUGUCGAACAGUCAGAAUAGGUUCUUAUAAAUAUAUUCCUCGGGAAAACGUAGUGAUUUCUCAGAGUGGUGUAAGAUUUAGUGUACCUUUGUUAGAAGAUGCUACAAGUUUUGUUACUCUGGAUGUGAAAUCUAAAGAUAUAGUUAAAUUACUGAUCCAUUUUGGGAAGACAAUGCCGGUAUUAUUUUUUUAUACAUCUACAAGUGCAGCCGCCAUGAUACGCGAGUUGCUCGGAAUGCAAGAUCCAAAAGGACCAUAUUAUGAUCCUGCUGGAAAAGAUCAUACGCAUAGACGUAUUACAUUAUUAUCAGAUAAAUUACCAGAUGAUUCGAGACCCAAAUUGACGAGUUUGUUUUCACAUGGAAAUAAAAUAGAUGAAUUGAAUCCUAAAGAGGCGAAUGAUAUACUUUUACGAGCAUCACCCAGGGAUAAUCAACAACCACCUAAUACGAUUACACGAAAACAGAGUCAAAGCUUAGUACCAAAUAUUGUUAAUGUCAGUGAUAGCAUUCAAACUAUAACUGUAUAUCCACCACCUCCUGCAAAAGGAGGAAUAGCCAUUAACACUGAAGAUUACUUAUGCCUUGCGGAAGAUCAAUUCUUAAAUGACGUGAUUAUAGAUUUUUAUUUAAAGUAUUUAACCUUAGAGAUAUUAUCAGAAUCUGAUCAACAUAGGACGCAUGUGUUCAGUUCGUACUUUUAUAAACGCUUGACCAGCCCACAUGCUCAAGCUGCCGAAAACAUUGUGCCAAUGACGCCUGCCGCCAAACGACACGCAAGAGUACAGAAAUGGACAAAGAAUGUUAAUAUAUUUGAAAAAGAUUUUAUUAUAAUUCCUAUUAAUGAACACGCGCACUGGUUUUUGGCUAUUAUUUGUUUUCCUGGAUUGGUUGGAAAAGUUUCAUGUACUAUGAAAACAAACGAAAAUGAUAUUAAUAAAACUAUGAGAAAAAGUAAAAGGCUGAAAGAAAUGAAAACAAAAGCUGUUACAAUUGGUUCUACAACUAUCACUCCUGUACCUACGACCAUAACGAUAGAUCAGCAGGAUGAUGGAUCUGAGAGAGACGAAGCUGAAGGCGACGAUGAGGAAAUGGAAAUGGACAGCGAUGAAGAGGACGAGACGGAACAAUCAGAAGAAAAUAAAAUCCAACCUCAUAUUAAAGUUGAGCAGCAAAAAGAAACUAUCAAAAUUCCCUGCAUAUUGAUAUUUGAUUCGCUUGCUGGCGCCAGUAGAGCGCGAGUAGUCGCUACUUUAAGAGAUUAUUUAAGUUGCGAGUAUUUUGCUAAACUUGGCAUAGAAAAGACAUUCACAAAAGAUACUAUUAAGGGAGCGUGUCCGAAAGUACCCCAGCAAUCAAAUUUUACAGAUUGUGGAUUAUAUGUAUUACAGUAUGUGGAAAGCUUCUUUAAGGAUCCAAUUAAAGAUUAUACUUUGCCAAUUAAAACUUUGAAAUCAUGGUUUGAGGAAAUUAUUGUGACAAGAAAAAGAGAGGAACUAUCAAAAUUACUAAUUAAAUUGAUGAACAAUACUAAAGGGGAUAAAACUAUUAGUUUGCCUACUGUGAAUUUCCCCACGCAAGAUGGCAAAUUGAAACCGAAGAGUGAAACUCAGACAGAUAUAAAACCCACGAAGCCGGAGAUGGAGAACAAGAAAAAGCCUACAAAUCUAGAUGCAGAAACGCGUAUUGUCUCGUUUAUCGGAGAAAAUACUGAAUCUUCUAAUGAAUUUGUUAGUAGUAGAACUUAUCAGAUCAUUCCUUAUCCUCUAAGUUCUAACUCUGAGAAUAAUACAACGGAAAUCAAUGUGACUGAACAAAAAACUACGAGAUCAUCAAGUGAAACGAUGUCCUAUUUAAAAGCUAAACGAAUUCCUAGGCUAGUAUCAAGAACACAGAAUCAAGAUGAUUCUCCUGCUAAAAAGCACAAAGGGGAGUCCUUCAAUUCCUGUAAAUAAAUGUUUUUUUUUCUACAGUGAUAAGAUUAAUGUUAAUCCACAUUCACGAAAUACAUGAAAUCAUUUAUUUCAAUCUAUAUAAUAAAAUAUGUAGUUAAUUUCUUUAUAUCGAAUAAAACUACAGAUUUGAUUUCAGAUUGUA